CGGAGCGCCGGCUCCGGGAGCGCGGGGGGGGCCAAGCGGCGGCACCGACACCGACACCGGCACCGGCACAUCACCGGGGCUCGCAGCCCUCGCCGGCGAGGAGAAGGACGAGGAGAAGAAGCAGAAGCAGGAGGAGGCGGAGGCGGAGAGAAGCGGUCGCGGGUGCCGCCGCGGGGAGCGGAGCGAGCGCGGGGCGGCGGCGGCGGCUCCUCCAUCAUGUCGUCGGGCGGGGACUUCGGGAACCCGCUGCGGAAAUUCAAGCUGGUGUUCCUGGGCGAGCAGAGCGUGGGGAAGACAUCCUUGAUCACCAGGUUCAUGUAUGACAGCUUUGACAACACCUACCAGGCAACAAUUGGCAUUGACUUCUUAUCGAAAACCAUGUACUUGGAGGAUCGAACAAUCAGGUUGCAGCUGUGGGAUACUGCGGGUCAGGAACGUUUCCGUAGCCUCAUUCCCAGUUACAUCCGUGACUCUGCUGCUGCUGUAGUAGUUUACGAUAUCACAAGUAGGUAUUUUGCACUGGUACGGUUGCAAUUAUGGGACACAGCAGGUCAAGAGCGGUUCAGGAGCUUGAUUCCUAGCUACAUUCGUGACUCCACUGUUGCAGUUGUUGUUUAUGAUAUCACAAAUGUAAACUCCUUCCAGCAAACCACAAAGUGGAUCGAUGACGUCAGAACGGAACGGGGCAGCGAUGUCAUCAUCAUGCUGGUGGGAAAUAAAACAGAUCUAGCAGAUAAGAGACAAGUGUCCAUUGAGGAAGGAGAAAGGAAAGCCAAAGAGUUGAAUGUAAUGUUCAUUGAAACUAGUGCAAAAGCAGGAUACAAUGUAAAACAGCUUUUCCGACGUGUGGCAGCUGCCUUGCCUGGGAUGGAAAGCACACAAGACAAAAGUAGAGAAGACAUGAUUGACAUAAAACUGGAAAAGCCUCAAGAGCAGCCUGUCAGUGAAGGAGGCUGUUCCUGCUAAUACCAUGUGGCUUCCACCUUUCUCCAGAACAUCACUGCUUUCCCUCCCUGUCCUCUUCAUUGACUGCAGUGUGAAUAUUGGCUUGAACCUUCCCCUUUCCGUAAUAACGUAUCGCAGUUCAUCAUC